GAAACGUCAAAACAUAACCUGAUCACAAUUCAAUCAAUGUAAUCAACCACACGUUUUCUGCUGUUUAAAUAGUUUUGACGAACAUUUUCAAAUGGCAACUGACAUAGAAAUAUUCAUCGGCACAUCUCAAGACUUUUUACUGAGCUUCAAGGUGAAGAAAACUGAUAAGGAACAUGUUUUGGAGAGAUAUAUUGUUUACCGUUGUCAUAAUGGGCCAAUUAUUUCCAUGGAUACUAGGGGCAGAUACCUAGCAACUGGUGGUGGAGAUGAACGGAUUGUUGUCGUUGAUUUGAAACUGAACCGAGACGUUCAUGAAAUAAUCUGUCAUGAGGGUACCAUCAAUACCCUGUCAUUCACCAAUAAAGGAAACGAUUUGUUAUCCGGUUCAGAAGACGGUCGACUUGUAGCUACAACCGUCGGUUCCUGGAAGCCGACAAACACAUGGAAGAAACCGCACACCGGCAAAUCAGUUUUGAAAGUAUGUCUGCAUCCGUCUGAUAAGUUUGCUUUAUCAGUGGGUAAGGAUGGUACUUUACGCGGUUGGGACAUGUUCAAAGGCACACAGAUGAACACAUUCAAUACGAAGGAUUUAUCCGAUGCUGCUAUCACCUUGGACAAUGUGGAAUUGUCUCCGGAUGGUAUCAAAUUUGCAAUGUCGGGUGAAAAAACGGUGACGAUUAUCAGUCUAGUUGGUGAAGAACCGUAUGACGAGCCUACAUUGAAAAGUCGGGUAACGUCAUUGUGCUGGCUAGAUAGUGAGAAUUUGCUGAUUGGUUUGGAAAACGGAAGCAUAGAAUGGCUGAAUGUGAAGACAUCGGAACAGACGAAUAUUCCAGGCAUCCAUAACAGACGGAUUAAAGGUAUGCAUUGUUUGAACGGGUUUCUCGGUACGAUUUGCACCAGCGGAGCUAUUUCCCUGUGGUCUAUUGCAAUUCCAACGAAGACAUUGACAUUAAUCUGCACUGCCGAUGAGGGUAUUCGUCCAACUUGCAUAAAAUUGAUUGACACCACCAAGAAUCGAUACGAGAGUAAACAUAACGUCGAUACCGAAAUAUCGAAGGAGAGUUUGCCCAGAAUUGAGAAAAAUUUGCGGCUUAUUUCAACCACCGGUAAAGUGAUUGUUGAGAACAACGAAAAUUCGGUAAAUCAGCAUUUUGAGCAGGAAUUUAACGAUGAUGACACAGACACCGAAAUUGUAUUGACACCCAAAAAAUCAAUAAAAAGGAAGAAAUCAUCUGUAACACCGACUGACGUCGCAGCAACAUUUACACCGACCGGAGAUGAGAAACUGCCGAAAAGGAAGAAAUCAUGUGUAACACCGACUGAUGUCGCAUCAACGUCUGCAACAGAUGGAUUCAAAAAAGAAACCGUGGCGAAAAAGAGGAAUUCGCUUUCAACAUCAAUUGUUGCUUCACCUCAUGCCAAAGUGCCUAAAAUAAAGAAAGCUGCUCCGUGGCCAAUGGACGUAUCAACCAUUGAAACAGAGCAAUCCGAAGGGAAGAAAAGAAAGUCACCCAAAAUUACCAUACAAAAGCCAAUCGUUGUACGAUCACCGAAUUCAGACGAUGACUUUGAACAGCCAAAAACGAAACGAUCGCAAAAGAAAAAGAAAUCUAUCGGCAAAAGUGACCGAAGUGCUGUGAAGCAAAAGCUAGAGACCUCGAGCGACGAUUCUUACGAUAUUAUUGCUGUUAGUGGUAGCCAAAAGAAGCUAAAUUUGUCGCUGCCAACACCUGCUGAAACAACACCUAUUCAGAAAAAGAAAAUAAAGGCAAAAACACCGAUGUCAUGUCCCCCAUUGCAACAAAAGCCUAAUUCUCAACAAUCAAAGAAAAAGGGGCGGGCACUCGACUUUGAUUCAACUGAGCAAGGAAUAGUGACAAGGAAAAAUCGAAAGAACACAAUGUGAUGAAGAUGUUUGGUUAACCGCUUUUUGUAUGAUGGAAAUAAAAAUUAUUUUGUAUA